AGCGCGGGAGAACCAUGACCCCCAAGGCCCGACUUCCGCUUCCGGGGUGGCAACUCGGCUUCCGGCGGCGUGCCCCGAGCGCGCCUUCUCCGCAGGUGUGGCGGCCGGAAGGGUCUGCUUGCAGCCGAGACUGUUAGGCCUUUCAGAAACAUUUCUAUCAUGUCUGACACUCAAGAAGCUACCAGCCAACUCCUGAAUAUGAACCUUCAAGAGAACAAGAAGUCUGUGCCAGUGAUGGAAAGUGGCAUCCGAAGUGAGUCUGAGCAUCUCCAAGUCACUAUAGGAGCCACUGUUCCUACUGGCUUUGAGCAAACAGCUGCAGAUGAAGUCAGAGAGAAACUGAAGUCAUCAUGCAGAAUCAGCAAAGACCGGGGCAAGAUAUAUUUUGACAUUCCAGUGGAAAGUCUGGCUCAGGUUCAUUGUCUGAGAUCAGUUGAUAACUUGUUUGUGGUUGUUCAGGAGUUUAAAGAUUAUCAGUUCAAAAAUACAAAGGAAGAAGUUCUAAAGGACUUUGAAGAAUUGGCUGAAAAGCUCCCAUGGUCCAACCCUUUAAAGGUCUGGCAAAUUAACACCAGCUUCAAGAAGAGGAAAGCAAAGCACAGAAAGGCAAACCAGAGUGCAGGUAAAGAGAAGGCCAACUGUGGACAGGGAGACAAAGCAGAAGAGAAAGGUGCUAAGAAGCUUACUAGCAGCACUUCAGAACCACAGAUCUUGGACUAUUAUGAAAAUCCAGCCAUUAAAGAAGAAAUAUCAACCUUAGUGGGCGAGGUCUUGGCAUCUUGCAAAGAUGAGACUGGCGAAAGCUUAAGAGAAGAAACUGAACCACAAGUACAGAAGUUUAGAGUCACCUGCAACAGAGCAGGAGAGAAACACUGCUUUACCUCCAAUGAGGCUGCGAGGGAUUUUGGGGGUUCUGUUCAAGAGUAUUUUAAGUGGAAGGCCGAUAUGACCAACUUUGAUGUAGAGGUUCUCCUGAACAUCCACGAUAAUGAAGUCAUUGUCGGCAUUGCAUUGACGGAGGAGAGUCUCCAUCGAAGAAAUAUUACACAUUUUGGACCUACAACUCUUAGGUCAACACUUGCCUAUGGGAUGCUGAGGCUCUGUGAACCUAAACCUACUGAUGUAAUAGUGGAUCCAAUGUGUGGAACAGGGGCAAUACCAAUAGAGGGGGCUACUGAGUGGUCUCACUGUUACCAUAUUGCUGGAGACAACAACCCACUGGCAGUGAACAGAGCAGCAAAUAACAUCUCAUCUCUGUUGACUAAGAGCCAGCUUAAAGAUGGAAAAACAUCCUGGGGUUUGCCCAUUGAUGCUAUUCAGUGGGAUAUCUGCAACCUCCCACUGAGAACUGCUUCUGUGGAUAUUAUUGUAACAGAUAUGCCAUUUGGAAAAAGGAUGGGCUCCAAGAAGAGAAACUGGAAUCUAUAUCCAGCUUGCCUUCGGGAAAUGAGCCGUGUCUGUAGACCAGGGACAGGCAGAGCUGUACUGCUUACUCAGGACAAGAAAUGUUUUACCAAGGCAUUAUCUGGAAUGGGACAUGUGUGGCGAAAGGUCCAUACAGUCUGGGUGAACAUCGGGGGCCUUCAUGCUGCAGUUUAUCUUCUAAAACGCACACCUCAAGCCUUUGUUCAUCCUUCAGAACAUGAUGGAGGAAGACAUGCUCCUUGGUAAUGCAAAGAAUGAAGACGACUGUAUAUUUAUAGUUCCCAAUGCUGGAUGUGUCAGUUUUGGGAGAAAAAUAGCAAAAAAGUAACUUAGCAUUGCAGUCUUGACUGCUUAACUACUCCAGAACGCUUUGUUAACAAGGUAACUGUAAUGGUAUUUCCUGAGGAGCCUUGGCUUCUAAGUUCACAACACUUUAGGUCACGUUCUAUCACCUGUGAAGCCUAAUGUUCUGUAGCCUAAGCUCUUUAUAUCACCCUCAGAAACUAAAGCAUCCCUCAAGACCUAGUUUACCAUCUGCCUUAAAAUACACACAACCAAAACAGGGCGAGGUACUUUGUGUGACUAUUAGUAAUAAGACAUUACUAAGUAGUCCAAGUGUCGGUAGAUGAUGUAUGGGACCAACAAGCCAAAUUAAAGGAAUUUUUCUUUUAGUAUACAUGUCUUACUUUUCAAAGCCCAAUAAACAAAUAAAUCCUGUCAAUGUUGUGGGAGCUAAUGUAUCUUUAAAUGAAACCCUGACCUGUGAGGCCUAUUCUUGCCUAGUUCAUUGUUCAGUUCUCCAGUUGUACCAAAUCCUUCCUCAGCUAGUGCUAUGGGAAAUGAAAUAACGUCAGUACUCAUCAGUCCCGCAAUAGUGUGUCCUAAAGCAAGCCCUGCUUAAGCUUUGAUGGGAAGUUAUUUUGGAGAGUCUGGCUUCAUUCAGCUUAGAUUUUCAGUAUGGUGUUUCUAUUUAGAACAAAGGACACAGUACUUCCUUUCUUUGAAAACAGAAUCCACAUUGACAGCAUAGUCAGUAGCCAGUUGGCUUGGAAUUACUUAGUAGAGAAUGGACUGGGAUUAAUAAAUUUGUAAAGGUUUUAUAUCCUAGAUGGGCAUUUUUACAAUUGUCAAAAUAAAUUAUUGAUUGAACAAAUUACAAGUUUCCACCUUUGACAAAAGAAACCAUUUAAAUCUCAAAGAAAGCUGGUCAGAGCCAGGAUGUGCAAGGAUAGUUCUGUUUUCAUCACCAUUUACCAAGUUUCCGACACGGUAUUUGCCAGUGAGCAUUUAAUAUUCACUGAACAAAUAAACUAGUACUUUCAAUGCUAAGUUCUCAAGCUAAUAUACCAGGUUUAUGCUUGAUUCAUCAUAGAUCUAAUUCUAUAAGUAUACAAAAAAUCUGAUCAAAGAUACUGCAAAUACAGUGGGUACUAUGUCAUCUUCAUCUCUGGUUGAUAAAUUGUUAAUCUGGUUACUAGAAUAAGAAAUGAGCUAUGAGUUUUUUUUCCCUCUCUAGAUAAGGUUUUGUUACAUAGCCCUGGCUGGCCUCUGCCUCCCAGGUGUUGGGAUUAAAGGCAUGCAAUACCAUGCCAGAUGAAAAUUGUAUUUUUGUGCAGGUAUAUGCAGGUGCCUGUGGAGGCUAGAAGCUGGAGUUAAUAGGCAGUUUGAUCUGCCUAGUGUGGGUUAUGGAAUCUGAACUGAAGUCCUCCCCUACAACACCUGGGCUCCAUUGUUACCCUUCCCCCACCCCCAAGGUAAAGUUCUUGCUAAUCAGUUGUUAAGAUGUAGCCAUUUAGCCGGUGGUUGCCUUUAAUCCCAGCACUCAGGAGGCAGAGGCAGGUGGAUCUCUGUGAGUUCGAGGCCAGCCUGGGCUAUGGAGCAAGUUCCAGGACAGGCUCCAAAGGUACACAGAGAAAACCUGUCUCAAAAAACUAAAGAAAAAUAAAUAAAAAUAAGAUGUAGCCAUUUAAGAUGCCGGAUUCAGUUUCAGCUCAAGUUCUUACUUUUCUUCUAUGACCCACUUAAAGCAAUAAAUACACUUUUCUAUACUAAAA